AUGAAAAAUCCUUUAAUUAUAAGCCGACUCUCAUCGGUAUCCACUUUCGGGAGUACAACAAACUCCAGCGGCAGUGGCGUACAAUACUCAGGCAACGUCGGUAUCCCAUAUGGAAGCAAUAUCAUUGAGGUCUCUCAUGACGUCGCCAAUCAAUAUAAAUAUGUUUUGAGAUUUGAGGGACCAGCCACGGGGGGAAAUUGGACCGUGGUCCUUUGGAACAAAAUUGGAACCGAUGGUUUGCUCAGCGGAUGGUACGGGCAUGGCUGUAAAAUGUUCACCCUGACACCCGGCCAAUACCGGUACAUUGCGAUUGAUGAGGAUUCACAAGGUGGAUGGGCUGCUGAUCCGGGAGUUUCUAUACCUCUCGAUUCGCAAGGCGGUUAUGCUUCAACUUGGGGCGAAUUUGACUUUGGUUCGUCCAUAAACUCUGGUUGGUCAGGAUUUGAUGUGUCCGCUAUCGCUGCACAGAAUGCGGGUCUAUCGGUGCAAGGGAUGAAGAUCUAUGCCACCGAUGUUCAUAACGCCUACAUUCGUGCCCUUGCCGGAGUGGGGGGUAUUGGGGGAAACCUUUCGCCUGGGCCAGUCAGACUCGCAGUCACCAUCGAUUAUGAUGUAUCCUCUUAG